CUUAUAAAAGCGGCUACCGAGUCCUAGGCUCAGCUCAGUCUGUAUCGAAGUGCUUUCUCACCAACAUCAUGGGUUAUUGGGGUCACUUGGCUUUUUUGGCUUUGGGCCUUUGCUCUACUGUUCAGUCUUCCCUGGUGAAGUGCUCUUGUGACCCUGGUGCCAAGGGCGAUCGAGGACCUCCUGGGCCACCCGGUCCUCCUGGCUUCUGGGGCUAUCCGCCCAUGGGUCCUUAUCCUCCGAAUCUGCCCCUUAUUCCGGGACCUAGAGGUUUACCCGGACCACCGGGUCCUCCUGGAUAUUGUUUUCCCUGUCCUGCGGUUCCACCUGUAAUUCCACCUGUGAUUCCACCUGUGGUUCCACCUGUGGUUCCACCUGGAGUGCCCGUUCCACCGUUGAUCUCCACCCAAGCAGUUCCUGGUGGAGGUUUCGGAGCAGCAUCCGCCUUGACCACUGCCGUGGGCAACAUAAUAGUCAUUCCCGGAGGAGUACUAAAUGGUCGCGCUCAGUUCUUCCACAUUUCGCCCGAUGGUCAGGUGAUGCAGAUCGAGCGACCGCAGAAUCUGCCCAGUGAACUAUUCGAUUCACCUGCUGCUCAGAGCCCUCAGCCUCAGCCCACUUCCGCAUCUCUGUCGGGGAUCACACCACCCGCUGUGCAAGGGGCUCCCACUCAGGCCACGCCCGGAGAACUGUUCCCUCCGCAGACUACAUCGUUGCCGGAAAAUUUAGAGGAAACCGUAUAUGCCGUGGGCAAUCGAAAGGACUUCCUGCGAGGAAGCACCGAUGCCAGCGAUUGGCGGAGGAUUCUCCUCUUGGGCGAGAGAUCCCACGAUGGCCUGCUCACUCCCAAGGGCCACUCCGUCCAGCAGCAUAAUCCCAACCAGCUGGAGAACAGCAUGGAGAACUUCCAGAAGGCUCUGGUCGAGCUCAAGGAGAAGUAUGCGACGCUCAUCCAACCGCGCAGUUCUAAUCAAUAUGCAGUCAUCAUUUGAUGAGCAAAGUCGAGAUUAAGUUGGUUGAAUAUUUAAAUAAAACCUGUUCUGAUAAUGUCUAACUAUA